AAUUGGCAGGUCUAUGUUCCGCUGGGUAUUACUGCGCAGGGGGAGCCGCCGACGCCGUGCCACAAAGCACACCCGAGUUUCCCCACAAUGGGCCCUGCCCGUGGGGGCACUAUUGUCCAGAAGGCACAUGGUCCCCUGUCACCUGCCCAGUGGGCACCUUGAAUAACGCUACGGGAGGUUCUUCUCCGGACUGCUGUGUGCCCUGCUACCCAGGAUUCUUCUGCGCUGCCGUGGGCUUGAGUUCGCCAACCGGACCGUGCGUUGCUGGUUUCUACUGCCCGGCAAACUUCAGUUCCUUCAGCCCAACCCCAUUCCUCUGCCCUGAGGGGCAUUUCUGUCAGUCUGGGGCUGCCUUUCCAGCCCCAUGUCCCACCGGUGAAUACCAACCAAACCAAGGCUCGGAGUACUGCCUGCCUUGCCAAGCGGGGUUCUACUGCCACGAGGCAACUGCUGGGGACCCCAACCACUGUCCGCCACAUUCAUAUUGUCCUACAGGUACUUUGGUUCCUCAUCCAUGUCCUGAUGGCACUUUUACUCCUCUGGAAGUAUCUGGUCUACGUGAGGUGCGGGAAUGCCUCCCUUGUCCUCUUGGUCAUUAUUGCAGGGGAGGACAGUUGGAGGGGAAGUGUGCUGCUGGUUACUUCUGCCAAGAAGGGAGCUCUGAUGCCACCCCACAGGGCCAUAACUUCACCUGGAGCCCCCUGGCUGACUGUCUCUGGGGUCAGGAGUGUGCAGGGCCUUGCCCGGCAGGAUUCUACUGCCCAGAAGGCUCAGAGGCACCCAUACCUUGUCCAGAUGACACCAUUGGCUCUCUCCCAGGUGCCAGACAAAGGGAAGACUGCCUGCCCUGCCCACCAGGCCGCUGGUGUAAAACAGGGAAUCCGGUGGCCUUUCUAUGUCCCUAUGGGCUUUACUGCUACGGGAUGAAUCACACCAACCCUGCUGGACCCAGGACCCUCCAGCAGUGCCCCAAGCAGGCUUUCCGGACAGAACCAGGCACUGAGAGCCAAUCGGACUGCCAGCCCUGCUCAUCCGACCCUCAUUGCCCUGCCACAGGAGCCACUGCCUUUAGGGACUAUCCUUGUGCCCCGGGUCACUGGUGCCCAGGAAGAAAGGAUGCCUUUCUUUGCCCACCUGGUUCUUUCAGGACUCAGCCUGGUGCGACGUCUUUGGAGGAGUGUAAACCCUGCCCUUCUGGAUUUUACUGUCCAGACCCAGAGAUGUCAGGAGUGCCCAACGUCCAUGGAAUACCUUGCGAGCCAGGCUUUGAAUGCCCACCAGGUUCAUCCAACCCUUUGCUAUGCCGGCCUGGCUCUUACUGUAGACCCCGUACCGGGAUUCCACCUCUCUGUCCUGCUGGGUAUUACUGCCCUGAAGGCUCACCUAUGUACAACAUCCCUGAGCAGCUGUGUGUCUAUCCCUACUAUUGCCCUCUUGGCAGUGCCCAGCCACUUCGGUGCCAAGCUGGUUCUACAGCCCUGAACACGACAGGUCUCAGGGACUCCUUUGCGAGAAGUUGCAGGGCCUGUGAAGCAGGCACCUACGGCGGCAACUCCGACGCUCAUCCACCAUGUUUGCCCUGCCCGCUGGGAUUCAGUUGUCCUGAAGGCACUGCAAGUUACCUCCAACAUCCCUGCCCUCGAGGCUAUUACUGCCCUCCCCUGACCUCCUCCCCAGUGCCCUGUCCCCCAGGCACUUAUGGGAACAGCAGCCUUGCAAAGCACCUGGAGGAAUGCCACUCCUGCCCUGCUGGCUCUUUCAACCAUCUCCCAGCUCAGACUGGCUGUUUUCCUUGUGGGAGCUCCUCAACUUCCAAACCAGGUGCCACCAGCUGUACCUGCCAUGGUCUGAAUCGGGCUUUCCAGGAGUCUGAUGGCUCUUGCAUCUGCCAGGUGGGAUACCUUUACUAUGAUGAGCGAGGAAAGAAAAGCUCCAACAGCAACAGUGACCAGGACUGCCAACCCCAGGUGGAAGAGCGGUGUGCUCCUGGGCAGAUCCGCCUAGCAUCCACCCGCAAGUGUGUCCCCCCGGAGCAGUAUAACUGCUCUCCAGUCUGUGAUCCAGUGAAUGGAGAACUCCAUGCUGAACUUGGCAUCUGUCACUGUGAGCAGUACGUCUCUGCCGAAGAGGUCUGUGAUCGCCAGUGCUUGUUGAGAUCCCCGCAGCUUUCCCUGAGAUUCGGGAUGCAGAGAGAGCUAAUUCUGAGCGUCGAGGGGUCUGAGGAAAAAGAGAUAUCAAAUAUCCUGGGACCAGAUGAACAUAUGCAGAAAAACCAGCGGGUCCAUUUGGCUCUCUUUGGACCCAGUGGAGUUUUUGGCUUUCUUCUUUCCAGCCUGGACAUGCUAGAUGCUUUUCUGUCAGGAGAUUUGGGGCUGCGUCCCUCAGGCCAAAGACAUCGGCGAGAUGAAGAGGGCGUUUCCUCCCAACACACUUCUCCCUUACCCACAAUCCCAAAUCCUGUCACUUGCCUGGUAGUGGGAGAUGCUAUCCUUUUCCAGCUCAGCAUCAAACCCUAUGACCGGGCCUCCAGCCACUAUCCUGUCUAUCAGAAGGAGCAUCUCUACAACAGCAAUCCCCACUGGGAUUUUGGUGCAUUCCGAAGGCUGGAUCACCUCAUUCGAGAGACUCAACUCAACAUCUCCAGGUUCAGCCAUGUUUUCCUAGAGCCUGGGACAUACGUCUUCCGGGAUAAUGCUAUCCAGGACCGGAUGCUAAUUGUGGUGGUGAAGGAGGAGGGCAUGGGCUGCGACCCCCUCACGGCUCCCUUCCAGCCCUCGUCUCCCUACCAGCUGGCUCGACAUGGGAUCCUGAAGCGCCAGGUGCUGAAUGUAGCCCCGGACUGGGCAGUUAUCGCAGCUGUGCUUUUUGUCCUGGGCUUCCUCACCAUGGUACUGACAGCCCUGGUUGUCCUACUGAGGCAUCCCAGCUCCACUCUGAGCCCAAUGAAGAGCUGGAAGCCACGGUGGAGGAGCCUGGGAGAGCCAUGCGUCCCACCAGAGUAUGUGCUCAUUAAAGAGAGCCUUCAAUUCUAUGAAGCUCUUGGUCCCCGAGGCUCUGGAGAAGAACCUGAUUUCGGAGAAGGAUUUUUUUCUGGACAAGGGGACCAUUCCAUGUUAAGAGACCUGGAAGAUUUCAGCGUUCACACUUUAUACGACAAACUGGAGGACCAGAACUUGCAUCUUGCAUCGCAGCUUGCGAAACACCGGGCAGAUGUCCUAGUGUUUUACCAUGGAAUCCACCAGAAGAUACAGAGCCUUUGGGAUAUGGUCCAGACACUGGACAUGGAUUUACUGAAGGGCCCUGAAAGAGGCAAAGUCACCUUCAGCCCAUCCAAGGAGACCCAACAGAGUGAGAACUCCCCAGCAAAGUUUUCUGGGGUCUUGCAAACCAUGGGCUACUCAGGUUCGGAGUGGCAGGAGGCAAUGGACUUAAUGAAAGCCCUAGGAAUUCUGCUGCGAAAAAUGCAAUCUGGGAAAGCGACAGUGAAACAAGAAAGGCCUGAUGGGACUGGAAGCUCUGGUCUGGCCAUCCGAGAGCAAGCUGGGAUUCAGCAACGAAACCUGGGUACUGGCUUGCUGCAGCAACAUAUCUUGUCCAGUGGGAAAAGGGCUUCCCUGAGCUCCCAUGGGUGUGAAGACCAAGGGUUGGAUCUGCGGACUCAUAAGAGGACCAUCCUGGCUUGUGUGCAUGAGUUGCAAGUGGAGGCCCUGAUGACAGCUUCUCCCCUGGCUAGGACCUUGCGUGAGAUCAAGCACUGUUUGGAGGCAUCGCAGCCGCCCCCUCGCUCUCUUCCUUCUCUAGGGACAAACGAAGAUGGUGGUUCUUCUCCUUCAGGCCCUAGUGUCGACACUGUGGUCCCCACCAACCUGGCCCAUUUGUCUCCUCGCCAUUUUGUGGUUUACCGUUUUGGCUGCACUGUGGCACGGCUGCUGGGCAAAGUCUUUUCCUUACCAGCAUUGGUACUUCUGUUGGCUCAAGCCAUCCCCAAAGAAGGCUCAAUGGAGGUCUGGGAGGCCCUGCACAUCACCAGAGAUACAUACUACGAUGCAAACAACAGGUUCCUGUACGUACUCUCAUCACACCUGGAUGAUGCUGGGGGAUUUGUAGCACUUGUGCUGCAUGCCAUGGCUCACAUCAAAGCAGGCCCCAAGGAAACCAUCCCGGCAAACUUGGGCUUUUGGAAAGAGCUCAACAUAGCAAUUACAGCACUGGCUGAUGCCUUUUUCCAGUGCUCUUGGGGAGCAGCAGAGACAGCAGAGAAGAACCCCAUGAAAAGUUACUCACCUAUUUGUUUAGCUGCUCGAUCGAUUUUCGAAGAACUACUGAGCAUACAUAUAUUACCUGACUCUCACUACCUUGGGAACUGCCUGCACGAAAGGUUGCACCAUUACAAAAGUUUCCAACUGCAAGCAGAGCUUCGAACUAGAAUGGAAAGUUCAGAGCGAAAUGUGGAGGAGGUGUGUAGCACUGAGAGGAAGAAUCAGGAAGGAGAUUCCUCUGGUCUUCAGGUGAAGAUUGCAGAGCGGGAGCAGAUGCUGGAUGGCCUGAAUGAACACUUCUUUGAGCUAACAGUACAGGCCAUGAUGAUCCAGAAGGAAGAGGAACAGCUGGACCAGGAGCUCAGAACACAAGAGGUCUUGGCCUCACUCACAUCAUCAAGUGGACUUGCUGGUGAGAAAGCCCAACACUUUCACGAACUUCUUGAAACUUGGACAGCCAAAAGAGACCAACGUGUGCUGCUGGAAAUUAAGAGGAGUUUAAUCACACAGAGGAUCAAAGACGUUGAAUUGGAACUGACUCAUCUUCUGAACAUCCAAAAUGGCCAGCAGCAGAGCAGCUAAGGGGGAGACCAGCCUGAAAGUGUUCAGUUGACUGCAUUUGACUCUUGUUUGGUUGAUCAGUCCUUUGCUCAAAUACUUCUCUGAUUCUCUUGGGGGUUCUGAUAUACAGUAGGGAUAGAUGAAAAGCAUUGCCCCCAAGUGGCAAAUUGGAGGCAAUCAUGUUGGGGGCUGAACUUUGGCCCCUUCCCCAAAUGGUUUUAGAGGAGGGGGCUUACAGUGGUGAUGGAGGAGGCGUCUUCCUUCCUUCUUUUUUGUUUAAUUUUCUUGCCCAGCCAAGGCAGCUUACAAUGGCAGUGAAGGGGAACAUAAGAAGCUGCCUUAUACUGAGUCAGACCAUUGGUCCAUCUAGCCCAGUGUUGUUGACACUGACUGGCAGCAGGUCUCCAAGGUAUCAGGCAGGAUUCAUUUCUUCACCCUACCUGGACAAGCUGUUGAUCGAACCUGGGACCUUCUCCGUGCACAGCAUGUGCUCUGUUGCACUAAGCUGUGGCUUCUCCCUCAGCUUCUUACCAUUUACCCUUUCCCCCUAACUUUUAAAAGCCACCAGCUCUGCUGAUCGCUUCAGUGGUGGUGUGGCAGUGAUGGUGCUCAACCCAAUGCUGCCACCAUCCCUUCUUUCUCAGAGUGCUUCUGGGGAGGAUGCUGU